ACUGUGGGAUCAGCUGGAUCAGGCAGCACGGAUCGGACCCUCCGCCAUGAGACCCCGGAGCUCCGAGCCCCAGUAGCCGGGCAGCGGUCGCACCAUCCCCGCCUCCAGGAUGACCGGAGCCGCCGGAGGACCGUCGGCUUCUUGCCGCUUCGCCCAUUAUUUUGUGGUGUGUGGAGUGGACACGGAGACGGGCCUGGAGCUGGACGAUGGAGCGGGUGAGAGUUUCGAGCAGAGCCCCCUCCAUCGGUCCUUCAAGUCCAAAGUUCUGGUGCAUUACCCAGAAAACACAGACAAGAACCCCUUCAACAAAGAAGCUGUCAACAUGCUCUGCAUGCCCCGAGGUCUCUCCUUCGGCACCCAAGCAGACCGGCUGGACUCUCGGUUCCACUCGUUUACGGUCACCUCUGACGACGGAACGCGCUCCUACGGCUUCGUUCACACCUUCUACGAGGAGGUGACCAGUGCUCAGAUUAUCACUGCCAUGCAGACGCUCCAUCAAAUGCACCACGUGGAACACCACUCCUCUUCAUCCUCCUCCUCCUCGCCUUCUUCCUCCUCAUCUUCCUCUGCUUCCUCGCCCUCCUCCUCCAGCAUGGACUCGCUCGCGAGCAGCCUGGAGGAGUCGGACGCUGAGUCUCUGGCCGGGGCUUCUGGCUGCCUCGGCUGCGUGAGCUCCUAUGAUGCGGCGCGCGACACCCUGUAUGUGUCCAAAGCCCUCUGCCUGAUCACGCCGCUCCCCUUCCUGCAAGCUUCUCGACAGUUUCUGGCUCAGCUUCACCUGGCCGUCACGUCACAGACGGCACCGCCCCUCCCUCUGGAGAGCUACAUCUAUAACAUCCUGUAUGAGGUGCCCCUGCCUCCACCUGGGCGGUCACUGAGGUUCCAUGGGGUGCAGCGGCCCAUCGUGUGCCAGCGGCCCGAGCCUGGGGAGCUUCCUCUUGGGGACUAUCCUCUUGGGGAGGUCUUCUCCCUGCUGAGCGUGGACAAUGUGGUGAAGCUUCUUACCUGUGCGCUGCUGGAGACACAAGUCCUGCUCUACUCUAAGGACUACCAGCAUUUAAUGACGGUGGCAGAGGGCGUCACUACGUUGCUGUUUCCAUUUCAGUGGCAGCACAUCUAUCUGCCCAUCAUUUCUACUCCACUGCACCACCUCCUGGAUGCCCCCGUGCCUUUCCUUUUGGGAAUCCACCGCAGAGGCGGAGCGCAGAGGUCCUCCAUCCACCUUCCACAUGAGGCCAAUCUGUGUUUCGUCGACAUCGACAACCACAUUGUCGAAGCCCCCGAGGAUCUUCCCCUGUUUCCGGAUCAGGCCGAGCUGAUACAGGAACUGAGCGAGGUUCUGUUGCACUUUGGACUCGUGCCGCAGGGAGGAGUGACCACUAAGCCCACCACGAGCGCCACCGCCGGUUCCCCUCGCCUGAGCAGCCUGGUGCUGGAGGACCUGAUGGAGGACAGGACGAACGGGAACCUCGGUGGUGAGGAGCUGGCGGUGCUCGAGAGGCUUCAGGCUCUGGCCAAGAGGUGUGGAGGAGGAAACGCCUCCGAGGGAGGGAAGACACUGGGACAUGUGUUUGAGGAGGAGGAGGAGGAGCUGAAGGCUUCUAAGCUGAAUAUUCAGCUGAGAGAGGUGUUUGCUGUUCGCUUUGCUGCCAUUUUUGGCAGGUAUGAGGAGUUUAUCGUCCACAGCGCAGCAAAUUUGGACUCCUGGUUGAGCAACCGAGAGGGAACCUGCAGCUUUGAUAAGGGCUCAUUCCUCUCGAUUCAGCCUACGAGCCACUUGCACUUUUUAUCCCGGUUUCUGGAGACGUCCAUGUUUUCGUCCUUUGUGGAUGGGAAAAUUAUAUCCCGCUGGGUGGACAGGGAGCCCCUACAGCAGCUGUUUGACAGCCGUUUAGAUCGAGAGCGACCGUAUGACGUGAGCGACGAGGAUUCGCGCAACCGUCCUUACAGGAAGUGCACCACGCUCCUCGAGUCAGCUAAGGCCGUUGAGCGCAGGCUGCUGAAGACCGACCACACAGCGCUGCACCCUCACCUGCUGGACAUGAGGAUUGGCCAGGGUCGUCACCACCCAGGAUACUUCCCAAAGCUGCAAGCCGACGUGCUCGCACAAGCGCACAACACUCACAAGUGGUCUGGUCGUGUCACGGCUUCACGCAGGUCUGAACCAAAGAGGUCGACUGUUGUUGAUCACUCAGGAGUGGACAAUGAACCCAAACAGAGGCAUGCAUUCACAAGGAGAACCAUCCGUCAGUCUAAACUGCUCGACCCGUCGCCGCAGGCCGUGUCUCAGACUCACAGAGAGUUUGCUGAUGGGCUGUUGAGCGAAUGUCGUCUGAAGACCAAGCAGAUGUUGAUGGACAGGAUGGGGAAGGAGUGUGUGGAGCUGGGUCAGGGAGAAGCCAGCAUCACAGGUCUGCAGGAGAGCGCACUUAUCCGCGGCCUGUGUGAUCUGCUUGAGAGAACCUGGGGCCACGGUCUGCUGAUGAAACAGGGAAAGUCGGCGCUUUGGUCCCAUCUGCUUCACUACCAGGCUGCCCAGGAGAAGGCAGAGGCUCCAGCUGAUGCGUCAGGAUCUAACUGCUUGGACCAGAAGCUGCCUGAUGAUGACAAUUUGUUCCUGAGAGGCUCUUUAAUACACGACAUGAGGUUCAUCCAAACCAUGAGAGACGAUCUGUCUGAGGUGGCUCAGACUAGAGCUUGGAUCCAUUUGGCUCUGGAGAAGAAAAUGCUGUCCCAGCACCUCAAAGAGCUGCUGACGAACCAGGAGCUGCUCAGGCAGCUGUACAAUCCACAUGCGUUCCUGCUCUGUGAGGAAGAACGGGAACAGUUUUUGUUCCACCUGUUGUCCCUCAACACUGUGGACUACAUCUGUUUUACCCACACCUUCACCUCCAUCAGUUUUCCAUACCGUGUUGUCAUUAUACCCAUGAAGAAGCUGAGCAUCGCCAUGGCAACUGUUAACCCCUGGGUGUGUGUGUCGGGAGAACUGGGCGAUUCAGGAGUUAGGCAGGUUUCAAAGAACACACAGGAAAUCUUCUUCCAGUGCAAGAACCUGGGCAGGCUGAGCACCCUGCAGCUGGGAGUGCACGAGAACUCGGGCCUGUUGGCCAAGUGUCUGAUCGACUGUGUGAUGGUGUACAACGAGAUCACAGGACACACCUACAGG